UGUCAAUGCCGGCUGCUUCGUAGCGUCUUUGUACGGAAUCACUUCAAUCGGUGCUACCGCGCGUUAUCCGCCAUCCCGUGGGUGAAUCGUUCAGGGAUCGUUCAAUAGGACCCGUAUCUCCGAUUUCCCAAUCUGCGAUCAUGGGGAGUCAUGGCCCGGGGGUGCCUAACUUGAAGCUUAAAUAAAGGACUACCGCGCUCCUCCUCUCGCACGCCAUUCCAGCUUGCUCUGACUUCGACAAGACUCCUCAGAUUCGGUUAUGAGCAACCAUCCACAAGGGACGCAGCGCGCCGUGAAGUGGUAUCCUCCGGGGUAUGACAUUCGGGUAGAGACUGUCCCUAUUCCAGAGAUCGUUGACCCGGAUGAUGCGAUUGUCAAGAUCAAGUUGGCCGGACUAUGCGGAAGUGAUCUGCACAUUUAUAGGGGCCAUGAAGACGUCGAUGCCGAGCUUAUUUGCGGGCAUGAGCUUGUUGGCGAGGUCGUCGCUUUGGGAUCGAGCUUCUAUCCAGGAGCCACGGGAAGGCCGGAACUGUACUCCACUUUGAAGAUUGGCGACAAAGUUGUAUCGCCGUUCACCGUGUCGUGCGGCGAAUGCCAUUUCUGCAGGGUAGGCUUCACUUGCCGCUGCAUCCAUUCGACGCUCUUCGGCAUCCCCAUCCUGCCGGGCGGGCAGGCGCAGUACGCGCGAAUCCCCAAAGCCGGCGGCACGCUGUUCAGCCUCACCGCUUUGGCAACUUCAAAUGCCCGUGUCCUCGAGGUCGCAGACAGCUCGCUCCUUCUGCUGGCGGAUAUCCUGCCGACGGGUGUCUUCGCUGCCUUGCAAACAUUACAGCACCCCAAGCUAUCACCGAUGCUUACCGGUUUAGCAUACCCGUCGAGCUCGUUCGUGCCAAGUGGCGAGUUGGCUCUCGCGGGCGCUGGAGUGAUGAAGCCGCUGGAGGCCGCAGACCGGACGUUGACCAUCGCGAUCGUGGGCCUUGGACCGGUUGGGGUGUGCGCUGCGGUCAGCUUGCUACAUAUGAUGGAGAACGUACGAACCGAGAAGGGGCUGGAUUAUCGAGUUUUAGCAGUCGACCCCAACGAGUCGCGGCGCAAGAAGAUGGAAGCGGUCUAUGCAACGAUAAGCCGUCAGGAGAAACAGUCGGGCGCGUUCGUGGUAGCUGCCAUCGACGAAGCUAAGCAACUUGCCAAGCUAUGGACCGGAGGCGCGGGCUGCAAUGCCGUCUUGGAGAUUGUCGGGAAUACCAGCGCGCUUGAGUUGGCAUACAGUCUGGUUCGCCCGUUCGGCAUCAUCAGCUCGGUCGGCGUCCAUCAAGAACCUCCACUACCUUUCACUGGCCGAGAUGUUUACAACAAGAACGUAUCGCUUGACUUCGGGCGCUGUCCUGUCCGCGCCAUGUUCCCGCUUGCACUGGAGGUGCUAGUCAAGAGACAGGAUGUAUUUGGGGGUAUCGGGGAGGAUGCUAGCCUUAUUGAGAAGGUUGUUUCUUUUGACGAGGCUGCGGAGAGUUAUGAGCUCUUUGACAAGGGAAAGUGCGGCAAGAUCUUAUUCGAUCCUUGGAGGUAACACCUCGUGAGGAUAUCUGAGGUUAAGUCGUGGUUUUAUGGGUUCUCAAGGGGUGUGUGCAAAUACGAACACAGGUAUCGAAGAAGUCGUCUAAGGUCAUCAUGAUAUUUGUAGCAACCGUCAAACGACGAGCCAGUGUUGCACGCAAUCAACGUACUAGUUAUAUUAUGGUAACGCAGUAGCAGAUGCGAAAG